AUGGAGGGGAGGCCACGCAACUACACCAACGGAGCGGGGGAUCCGCGAGCUCCUGCACAGCGUCCACCUGGCAGCUCGAGGGGCGCUCCUUCUGCCACGAGCUCUACGCCCUCGGGCAUGUCGCGCGCCGAGCGAUUCGACGACGAGCGAAAGAGAAUCACCGAGAGCUGCUUCUCCAAGACGGAUGAUUCAGGCCAGCUCCAAGAGUCCUACAUCACCCACAUCCGCGUCCAAGAAGAUGGCAGCUACCCCCAGUCCCCUCCCCCACCGAGUUCCGCUCCGAACAACAAGAAGGCCAGAAUCAUCAUGAUAUCCGUGCGAAACACGGGCAGAGUCAAGCUGCACAAGGCCAGGGAGAAUGCCAAUGGUACCUUCUCCAUCGGAAAAUCCUGGCCCAUGGAGGAGCUUUCGGCCGUGGAGAACUACACACAUCUUGUUCCCGCCAAUGAAGACGAGGCACAGCGCAAGCUAUGGGCUGGAGAAAAGGGCUUCACCGUGACGAUUGGCAAGCCGUACUAUUGGGAAGCUGGCACUGCGAAAGAGAAGGAGUUCUUUAUUGGAAGUAUGGUUAAGAUCUUCAACAAGUACACUAAGGGAGACUUUCCCAUCUUGACCGGAUUCAACGUGACGGAGCUGAACAGCCUGACCAACGGACAGCCGCAACUGGCAACGCCAGAAGGACGAGCCGCAUUUGCAGCUGGUGGCCAGGGAGGCCAAAGCCCAGCGCAAAGACGACCAGGGCCUCCAGAUCAAAGGCCCAUGCCUCCAAAAUCGCCUGGCCCACCCCCGAGGAGACCCGGAGAAUCUCCGCCUAUAUCGUCCGAGGCUCUUCCGCCUGGAGCAAACCCAAACUUCCGCAGACCUCCAGGAGCGCUGGAUGGCCCAAGGAGACCGGCACGACCAGACGAUGCGGGUAGACCAAGCACCGGGGACAAUGCCCGUAGGCCUAUGCCAUUUGCGCCGCUGAAUUCAGUUCAAGCUGCACCAUCUAUGCCCGAUCUCCGCCAAAAGCGGUCCAUGGACCCAAGCAUCCGCUCUAGGCCUAGCGGUGAUAGCAUCCGGCCUCGUCCUGGCCAAGCACCCAGCCCUCUGGCACCAGUACCGCAAUUCGCGUCACGGAAUCUCACACCACAAUCCUCAACUUCAGAAUUCGCUAGUCGACCACGAACACCGGACUCCGGUAAUCUCCCAGCAAGUCUUAGUCCAGGACGUGGACUGCCGCCACGUGAAGAUGCACAGUCUCAGCGAUCAGAGAGGUCCUUUGAUGAGCCUUCUAUGGAUGGCGCAGUUCCGGGUAUUGCGCCACCAGACCCACGCAGACAGAAUGGGUACCCCUCCCCUAGGAGAGAUCCGUCGCCCGGGGGUCUCAGACCAGGAACGGCCCAAAGCGCUGGAAGACCUGGUACUGCACAAAGCAACACCAGUUCAAACUUCACUCGAAAUGAUGACAUGCCUCCAGAAGAACCUCCCCAGAGGAGGAGGCCGCUCAUGGAACCCCGUCCAUCCAAUUUGUCGCAACGAAGUGUUGAUAGCCAAGGCGCAGAGCCACGUUCGGUUUUCCAUACGCCGUCUGGCUCACCUGCUCCACCAAUGGAGGUACCACCACGGAGACGACCUCAGGAAAUACCGGAGAGACUGAAGCCUGUUUCUCAGGAAAACAUCGCACCUCCAGCAGAAACACUGCCUCCGCCAUCACAGCCUACGCCACCUCCCACAGCACCACUUCCGCAGGUACCGACAGCGCCAUUGCCACAAGCACCCCCACCAGAGGAAGUAGCGUCACCAGUAGCACCGGUGCCUGUAGCAAAACCGACUACGCCUGAGCGGCCUGCACCUGUCGAGCGCACCAACUCGAUGCCCCAAGAGUCAGGGGACGAAGGAUCGCAGCGCCCUGGCCUUGGACCGAUGGUCAAGAAGACAAUAGGCAGCGACAGUCCAGCAAACAGGUUCCGUAAGGCCGCAGCAGCGGCAGGUGCAUUCAAGCCUCGUGCUGGCGGAGCUGCUGCGAAACUCUUCAAUAAGGAGACGAAGACAUCCGAUGAAGCAGAUGGUGUUAACGCUGUUUUUGUGCCUCAGCGGCCAACACCUAAAGAAACCCCCAAAGAGGAAGUUGAGAAGAAGCUUGAAGAGCCUCCUAAGCCUAUACCAGAGACGAAACCCACGGAGCCACUGCGUGUUAGCACCGAGGUAGUUCCAUCCGUGACAGUGUCUGGCCCGUCCACCAACACUGUGGGUGGCGCUGUCCAAGAGGUUGAAGAGCAACCUGCCCCACCGCCUCCAGAGAAGGCAGCAUCAAGAACUGUCGAGCCCGAGCCGGAAGUUCGCCGAAAGAAGCGAAGGUCUAACCAGCAGAUUGUUAACAUAUCGAAACUCGGCAUAGAUCCCAGCAUCAUCGAUGAACGGGGUUUGGAGUUUGAGAGUAUCUUGUCUGAGCUUGGAUGGGGAAACAACGAGCUCUCUUCCAAGCACAUUGAAUCUCUGGAGAACGAUAUCAAACGCGAGAUUGCCCGCGUGGAAGCAGGGAGUUGGCUCAAUCAUCUGGAGCAAAAGGACGAUCGCGUGGAGGCUGUUGAGCGCAUGUUAGACCGCGCCAUCGCAGAAUGCGACGAGCUUGAAGGCCUGCUUACCUUGUACAACGUCGAGUUGAGCAGCCUGAACGACGACAUCGCUUUCAUCGAAGCGCAAAGUCAAGGUUUGCAGGUGCAGACUGCGAACCAGCGACUCUUGCAACACGAACUCCGGCAGCUAGUCGACACUAUUUCAAUUACUUCUGACCAACUGGAGCCCUUGAGACGUGCUCCUAUAGGUAAGAUCAAUGGGCUGAAGGAUAUUGAAUCUUCCUUGGUUCUACUCUACAAAGCGCUCAUCACCAUCGACCCUGCGUUCGUUGCCGGAGCUCGUUCGGGUGCAAUCACCAGUGGACCCGGGUUUGGCAAUAGCGACUUGGCAACCAUGCAGGCCCUGCAAGAGAAACGAGACAGGUACCUUGGCGAGGGCGCCAUGUUCUUGGACAGGUUGAAGAAGCAUAUGGAUAUCACAUUCGGUGCAGCUUUCCUGUCGACGAAAGAUGCACUUUCGAGACUUGAUCAAGGCUCUGAGCCAUCUUUGAAAAAGAAUGUCGAGGCACACGACGCAGGCCGAAGCGAGUUGUGGAUGUUGAGCCCGGUCAUGCUUUUCGCCAAAGAGAUUGACAGGGCUGCAUGGGACUCACUACUCCGAAUGUACCAGACGCAAGCAGCGCAGUUGUACCAACAGGAAGUUCGUGACAAUAUUCUGGCAUGGAGACGGUUUGCGAGGAAGCCGACUGGUGAGGAACAAGAUCUACUCUUUACCGCGCAAGAAAAAGAGCCAGAAACAACCACUAGCACUUUGGGUGCGGCAAGGAAGCUGACCGUUAAGCGGAGUCAGACCCUAGCUCGUGGCCUGAGAUCAGCUUCUGGGGAGAAGGAAGGCAAGGCAAAGCCAGCCGCUCAAGAUGGCAAAUUCUAUGCUUUCAAUGUUUUCGCUAGGGUGCUGGAAGACACUGGCCCCGUUCUUUUGACGGAGCAGAACUUCAUCACCGAGUUCUUCCAUGCCACUUCAACUGAUUCGCUCGACUUUCCAGAGGCGGUGCAAGCCGCACCCCCAGAAGCCCGCCGUGGACCGAACCUCUGGAUACGCAAGCAGUUUGAGGCGGACCGAGCCAUGGCAAAGCACGUGACAGGAGUCAUGGAGGAGAUAUUCUCCUUCUGGCCGGCUGAGAUACAGAGUCUUGUUGACUGGGCUACAAAAGCCGAUCCUUUGCAAGGUGUAGGCAUACUUUGUGCGGUCGACCGCAAACUUCUCGACAUUGAAGAGACAAACCAGGAUUUCCUAACAAGAAACCUACAAAAGAUACAUGAGCGGCUGCAAGGCCUAUUCAACCGCUUCCUAGACGAGCAAAUCCGCGCGAUCGAAGACACAAAAGUCAAGAUUAAGAAACGCAAGGGCGUAAUCUCCUUCAUGAAAACCUUCCCCCAUUUUUCCAUUGCAAUCGAAAACAUGCUGCCCUCUGCUGCUGAAGGCGGCGAUCAGUUAGAGAUCCGACGUAUGGUCAACGACGCGUAUAGCCGUAUCAACAAAGCCAUGUUUGAGAGCUUGAAGGUCAUUGCGAAAGAAUCCCCUACUGUCAUGGCAAGUCAGGGCCAGGGUGACCCGGAAGACAAAGAAGCCCUCAACUACCACAUCCUGCUCAUCGAAAACAUGAACCACUACAUGGAAGAAGUGGACGCGCGAACCGUGGCUGUCUUAGACUUCUGGAAGAGCAAGGCGAACGAAGAGUACAGUGAGCAUAUGAGUCUCUAUGUUGAUGCGGUUAUUCGGAGACCACUUGGGAAACUUUUGGAAUUCAUCGAAUCAACCGAAACCCUCCUGUCUCAACCCGGCGCCUCCCCACAGGCGAUCGCCCAGCGCUCCUCGCACUCGCGCUCCGUCUUCAAAAAGCUAGUGCAUUCGCAUGACGCCAAGGAACUCCGCAAAGGUAUCGAGGCCCUCAAGAAGCGCGUUGACAAGCACUUUGGUGACGCGGAUGAUCCCAAUAUUAGUAAAGAUUUGGUUUUCAAGGUCCUCAAGGAGUGUGAGAGAUAUUACGAGGGUGUUGUGGAGAGGAUGGCGGCGAUUAAUCAAGAUGUCUAUGGUGGAGAGGUGGAGAUUGAUUGGGGGGUUAAGGAGGUCGAGACUGCGUUUCGGAGAUAG